CUUCCUCCCUUCCUGACGAAGAGUUUUCUGUUUCAGGUGAGCGCCACCUGAGUGAUGAGCGUCUGUCUCCACCUGCUGCGGGGCUGCAGUGGUUUCCAUCAUGGCCGCUGGCUGCUCCGCCCGUUCCGGCGCUCCGUGGCGUUCAGGCGGCUGAGCUCGGGGAACCGGAUCAGCCGGAGCCUCCAGGAGAGCUACCGGCUGCUGCAGCUGCCUGCCGAGGGCCACAGCAGCCCCGCCCAGGUGAGGGACGCCUACCUGCGCCUCGCCAAGCUCUACCACCCGGACUCUGGGGAAGCCACUGCCGACGCCGCGCUGUUUGCUCGGAUCGAGGAGGCGUACCGGACCGUUCUGACCCAUCAGAGUAAGACCAGGCCGCAGGAAGGAGCAACGCAGGAGGAGGAGGAGGAGGAAGCGGCGCGGCGAGCCGCCCCGCAGCACAGACACUACCUGAGCUACGAGGGCGUGGGCUCAGGGACCCCCAGCCAGCGGGAGCGCCAGUACCGGCAGAUCCGUGUGGACAGGGCGGCCGAGCAGGUCCUCAGCUACCGUCAGAGGGAGCACGAGAGGGCGGCGGCGGCGGAGGGCGCGUUGGUGGAGCGGGACACCCGGCAGCGCAGCCGCAAGAUCAAGAUCACGCAGGCGGUGGAGCGGCUGGUGGAGGACCUGAUCCAGGAGUCGAUGGCGCGCGGCGACUUCCGGAACCUUGGCGGAGCUGGGAAACCGCUCAACAAGUUCCAGCACAACCCGUACGCCGACCCCAUGACCCACAACCUCAACCGCAUCCUGAUCGACAACGGCUACCAGCCGCCAUGGGUGGUGACGCAGCGCGACAUCAGGGAGGGCGCCGCGCGGCUCCGCGGCCGGCUGCUGGACGGACGGGCCCGGCUCGCCGACCCCAUGACCCUGGCAGAGCAGGAGCAGUGGGAGGGGCUGUGCGCGUCGAUGGAGGAGGAGCUAAAGAAGCUCAACAAGAUGGUGGACAACUAUAACCUGAUCGUCCCCAUGCUCGGCAUGCAGAUGGUCCACUUCAGCAUGGCCAGGGAGACGGAGCGCGCCCAGAGGGGCGCCGAGCGGCGCCGCGCCGACCUGCUGGGGGUCCGAGAGGCGGAGCGACAGAGAAGGAAGGAGGAGAAGAAGAAAACCGACUCUGCAGCAAAGACUCGGAGAAAAACAUCUGGACUGCUGACCUGGAUGCAGCGUCUGCUCCGACUCUGAAGGUCAAAACCAAACCUGGAGGUUCGCUCUGAUGGCGUUUAAAAAAGGAAACGCAUCACGAGGGAAAACAUGUUCAGCAUAAAAUAAUCCACUGAGCAGACGACGCUAAACUCUGAGGGACGCUGUGAUGUCAUUUUAAUCAGGAAGUGGUCAUUUUACGCAGCGAGUCAAUAUUUAUUCACCUUAGUGAUGCAGAUUUUAUCCUUUAACGAAUACGAAUCAAUCAGAGUUUUAUUAAACUGCUAAAUGUUCUUUGAUCUUAAACCAAAAUUAAAAUCAAUCCAGUCUUUAUUUCCAGGUUUAGUGAA